AUGGAGGGGGACAAGCCGGACUUCUUAAAGAGCAUUCUUGACUCUACAGCAGACAAGGAGGACGAUAAAAGGCACCUGAGAUACAAUGUCCACGAGGGCAUCGUCUUCUGCGUGGAGCUUUCUCACAAUAUGUACAAGCCCAGCCCAGAGCUUGAGGGCAAGAAACAGCUACUGGAGAUCCUCGAAGCCCUCUUGGAAUUGAUGGAGCAGCUAGUGGCGGUCAUGCCCGACACCGGUGUGGGCUGCUACUUCUUCCAAUGCAGGCAUCGCGAGGCCAAACAGGGUAUCUACGAGCUCUUCCCCCUCAGAGACGUGAACGUUGCCCACAUGAAGAAGGUGUUCCUACUACUGGAGGGUAUUCGUACAGGGAAGCGUAGCCUGGAAGAGGAGCUGCCGUAUGACGGGCGGCACCCAACCUCCUUGGACGUUGUAUUCACUAGCAUUCAGGACCAGUUUUUACAGGAGGUUCCAGAACAGCGCUUGUACAACAACAAAAAGAUCUUCCUCUUCACCGAUAACGAUUCGCCCCCAGAGAAAGAGAGCCUGGGAUCUCGCACUCGCCUACGGAAAGUCGUCGACGACCUGAAUGACUACUACAUCAACUUCUCCACCUUUUUCAUCGGCACCGAGCAGCGGCCCUUCGACGAGUCCUUCUACUCCGACAUCCUGAAGCUAGGCGCACAGGUAGCCGCGGAAGGAAGUAGCAAGCCACUCUACGACGGGCCCAGCACGAAGCCCAUCUCAGUGUCAUAUAUACGUUCCAGGGUUCUCCGCAAGAAGGAGGUGCGGCGCCUGCGCUACAGCUGCCCGCUUUUUCUUAACGAAGAGCAGGGCCUCGUAGUCUCGGUCAAGGGCUACGCCGCAACAACUUACGAGCGCCCGGGCGCGCGCUACCGCAUGGUGUACCAACAUGAGGACGUGCAGCGCGAGGCCUUUUCACAUCGCAGGUAUCUCGACCCGGACACCGGCGAGGAGGCCACGGAGGACCUCUGCAAGGUCUACCAGAUCGGUGACGACUGCCUUGACCUGCCGGAUGACCUCGAGAACCUGAUAACAAACUUUGCUGCCCCGACCUCUGACUCGUUUCUACGCAUGCUGGGGUCCAGGACCGCCGUCGCUGUGCUGCCCUACUACAACAAUAUCCAUCACGUGACAUUCUUGGUCCCUGAUGACUCCGUCUACGCGGGCUCCGCCGCGGUGCUGGCGUCGCUGCACCGCACACUCCGGGCAUCCCAGCGCGCAGUCGUGCUGUACGGAAAGCUCCGCGCAACGUCACUCCCCGCACUUUACGCCUUGGCGCCCGCCGCCGCGCCCUUGCCCGAUGCGGUGUUUAUCCUGGCGCGCCUGCCUUUCCAGGAGGAGGUGCGCAAGUUUCCUGCGCUGUCGCCACCGCAGGCCUCGCUCGCCUCCCCAGACUACGCCGUGCUCCAGAAGAUUACGUCUCGCAUCAUCGACCUGCUCGUGCUCAGCAGCCCCUACGCCCCUGCAGACUUCAAGAACCCCGUCAUCGCCACGCACUUCCGCCUCCUUUCGGAUCACCUGUUCGAGACAGCACAGGAUCCGCGCACCGAUGACACUAUCGCGCGCCUGUUGCGCCUGCGGCACCGUGUCCUUGAUGACCCGGAAUCCCGGCUUGCGAAGUACCUCAGGCACUGGAACGCUUUCUACGCCCGCCACCAGCAGGUUGCGUCUCCGUCUCCGACAAAAUACAGCAAGCGCAGGAGACCCUGA